AAAACACACGUGUCUCCUGUUAUCUACUUAUUGUUUAAAUUUCAUUGUCUAUCUACCAACUGCGGACAAAGAAAAUUUGAAAUAUUGAGCGAGAUUCAUUUUGAGUGAAUCGGAAUUAAAAUUUUUAAAGUUCGAAAACCUCUGGUUGAAGUUUGUAUAGUUGACAUCUCAAUCGUAGAGUAUUGUUAGGUGUGUAAGAAAUAGCUCAUUGUUAUUAGCUACGUGGACUUUCUGAAAAUUAUCAAGUUGACCCCGAAAUCGCAGAGUCGUACCAAGUGUGUAUAAUUAGAAAAAUCAGAGAUGAUGAACUUGGUGAAAAUAGCCAUCGCUUCUUUAUUAGUAUCGACAUUUAGUGUGAGUUGCGUGAAGAUACAGAAACGCGACACUUCAAAUUUACCUCGUCCCGAUAUAUCUAACUUCCCUAGAAACAAGCCGAACUUCCCUAGCAACAAUCCAAACUUUCCUCGUCCGGGUUUCCCGACCAAUGAUGGAGCAAACAAUUUUCCUGAUAUGGAUGGAAUCCUAGAUGGACUACCGGAUAUAAAAAAUAUCAUGGACAAAUUCCGAAAUAACCCAAAUUUCGACUCAUCCAAUUACCAAGAUGUUGUGAACGCCUUGGUCAAAGAUCCUAAAUACCAAGACUUUUUGAAAGAGUUCAACCCUCAAAGUCCGAACGACAUCAGCCUUGAAGAUUUGGACAAAAUUUUGAACAGAAUAUCGAACAUUCAAAAUGUUGGCUUUCAAAAUGAUCAACGAAUUUUGACUAGUGAUUCUAGUCGAACUGUUGUUGCUAUGGGAUCAGUUGUUAUAGUUACCGUGACGUCAUUAUUUAUGUUGUUAUAGAAACUACAACUUCCGUUACAUCUCCACAGAAACAUUAUUCAAGACGAGGCUGGUUCAACUGUUUUCAUUGGUAGGCCUAUUCUGAUUCGUCCAUUUGAAAUAAUUUUGAUCAAUCAGACCUGUUAAUUUAGCUAGUUCUUUUGUAAUGGCCUUUUCAUUUAGUGCAAUAUGUGAACAAUUUGUUUAACCUUAAAUAUCCAAUUUUAUAGACAUUUUUCUUUUGUUUUAUAUUUCUUGUAUUUUGUUGUAAUAAAUCACUUUUAUAUUCUG